AUGGCAGCUCCAGUCACGCUCAAAGUGUCCAAUCGCGCUGCGAAGAAGCCUAUCAAAAAGCUCCCGACCAGCAUCGAGAUUACAGACAAGACUACAGUCCAGGAUCUUAAGGAGCAGCUUGCCAAACAGGCCAAUGGCAUGGAUCCAGAGCGAUUGGGCAUCUACGACGCCCAGAAGAAGAAGCUUUUGAAGGACCGCAAGGCGCUGGUUACCAAUAGCGAGGAUGUCAUUGCAGGAAAUGAGAUAUUGGUCAAAGACCUAGGCCCUCAGUUGUCUUGGACAACAGUCUUCGUUAUCGAAUACCUAGGCCCGAUCCUCAUCCAUCUCGCAUUCCCCCUCCUCCUGCGAUCCUACCUCUACUCCUCCGCUCCACCUCUCUCCAGCUCUCAAUACCUUUCGAUGGCAAUGAUCGUUAUCCACUUCCUCAAGCGCGAAUACGAGACCUUAUUUGUCCACAAGUUCUCGCUUUCCACCAUGCCCCUCUUCAACAUCUUCAAGAACUCCGCACACUACUGGCUGCUAUCGGGCGCAAACAUCGCAUACUGGGUCUACGGACCAAAUGCAUACGCUGCGAAGUCCUCUCCUACAAUCGACUACCUGAAUUAUGCUGGGCUGUUCCUGUACGUGUAUGGUGAGAUCUCGAACUUCAUCUGCCAUCAGACAUUGUCGGGUCUGCGCAGCAGAGGUGGAACCGAGAGGGGCAUACCGCAGGGAUACGGCUUUGGGCUGGUUACAUGCCCGAACUACCUGUUUGAGCUUAUUGCCUGGACUGGUAUUGCGCUGGUGACGAAGAGCACAGCGACGGUUAUCUUUAAUGUAGCGGCCUGGGCGCAGAUGCACCAGUGGGCUAUCAAGAAGGAGAAGGCGCUGAGAGCUGAGUUUCCGGACAAGUACAAGAAGAAGAAGUAUGUGCUGUUCCCCAGCCCAGGGGCUGUGGUGAAGUACCUGACGAGCUGA